AUGAUUAUGGGUGACUGCUUCUGCAUCCUUAGUAGCCUACUUAACUUCAUUUGUGAGCAUAACACCAUCUACACCAUAAUUGUAUACCACCUUGCGCCUAAACAUCCCUACCCUGCACUGAUUGAAGACUGCUAUGCUGGCCUGGUGUGGGUACAUAAGCACACAGAGGAACUUAGAAUCAAUUUAACCUGUAUUAUGAUUAAUGGACUCUUAGCAGGAGCUGGGCUGGCAGACCGCAAUGCCAAUAUAGCAGGUUGGAAUGUGUAUCUAGGUGACUGUAAAGGAAGUGAUGAUGUCAGCAUAUAUGCAGCUCCUAUCAGGGCAACGAAUCUUACUGGUCUUCCGCCAGCGUAUAUUGACAUCAGGUCAACGGAGAUAUUUCGCAAUGAGGAUGUCCAGUAUGCGCAGAACAUGUGGAGUGAUGGAAUGCAGUCGCAGUUAUCUAUAAUGGCGAGGAAAGUGAGGCUGGAUUGGCUGCGGCGGAUUCUGUUCAUUUGA